UAGAUUUUGAUGAAUGUGCGCACGAUGACUUCAACGAUUGUUUCGUCCACGCCCACUGUUUUAAUUUGGUAGGCAGUUAUACCUGCAGCUGCCCAGAUGGCUAUGUUGACACUUCCGAUAAUCCCGUUUAUCCUGGUCGUCAUUGCUCAGAUGAGAUUAUUGGGUGCGAUAAAUGUAACUACCAUGGCCAUUGUGUGACGUCGAAUAUAAUAUUGAAUGAAACUUCAGUAUGUGAAUGCUUUGCUUGGCAUGCGGGAGCAAAGUGUCAACUGAAUUUGAAGAUAUUGCUGAUUAGCCUGAUUGCGAUUGGUACAGUUUUUAUCUUGUUGGUGGUCUGUACGCUGCUGAUCUAUACGAAGCGCAAAACCUAUGGAGGAACUAGGACGAUACCUAUUUUUAUAAACACAUCCAAUUAUCAUCCAAGUAUGUUGACUUCAUCUAGCAACAAGUCAGAAUUGUCCUCUGUAGCUCAUAUGCGCAAAUCAAGCAUGGACAAGCGUAACAUUUUGAGUGAUUCAAAUAGCGAAUCGAGUCACAAUGCAGAACAGUAUUCAACAUUUAAGGAAUCAGAGAAGGCGGUUCAAUCGGAUCGAUCACUUACUGUAAUGAUUCCACGAGCUAAAUACUACCAUCCAUCGGUCCUACCUCACACACAGCAAUUAACACAACACGAAUUGACGUUAAGCGAGGUUGAUAGUACUCCAUUAUCCAAAGCAACUCAAAAUGAUAUCAAAACUAAAUAUAAAAUUGCUGAUCCACCGGUAAAGUCCUCUAGUAAAGAGUGUGGCGCAUUGGUCUCUGCCGGCUUUGAGGUCUCUGCAAUCGUCAGCGAUCGGCCAGCUCAAUUGAAUAACACAAUGAUCGACUGCAAAAAAAAUGCAGCUACAACUGAUUGCGAAUCAUCUCAAGCACAACAAAUGUCUAUAGAAAGCUUAAAGGACCUUUUAGAUUCAAAGGAGGAUUUUCAUAGAAUGCAAUCUUGGAUGAGAAAUAUCCAUAGCACUGAAAUAUCAGCUGAUAUACGUUCAUUCGAUGAAACAACUGUUCACCCUGUUACCAAAUCUAUUCAUCUAUGUUUUGAAAAGCGAACGCGAAGCAAUACAAUUGAGGAGGCGAACACAAUGGCUGAGAGGGACCUUGGCUCUACAUUUUUACUGCCGCAUACACAUCUUUACAAGCCAGAAAAGCUCGAGAGUGACCUGUCUGGCUUUGACUCUCUGUGAAAAUCAAUGAUUGAUCAAUCAAACGUUAAUUCAAGAUCCCUACUAAAAUAUACAUAUGUAUUUAUCUCAUGGGUACUAUUUUUUGAACCCUAUUUAUAUGUAUGUUCUGAAAGUGUACUGGAGGAAAACCACUUUCUAAUGGAUUGUUUUCAUAUCGCAGACAAAAAAUUACGAGUUUAUCUUAAAGAAGUUUGCAUGGCUACGAGGAAUCUCUACUUGUCGUACACUGCCGGCUAAGCCACGAAUUUUGUUAUUUAUUAUAACGCAAAUGUGUUACUUAACUUAUACUUGCAACUUAAGCAAAAAAAAAAAAUAUUUAUAUAUAUAUGUAAUGUAAAUAUUGGACUAUCAAAUUGAAAUCAA